GGUUUAUGCAGAUUCUAUGACUUUGUGCCUACUUCCACGCUCCUUCAAGACGGACCUGCCACUAUCAGCACGCCCACGCCAACAGUGACUGGCUUGCAGGCGACAGCAACAAAUGACGCGGAAGCUGGCUUCACGUCAUCGACAAUCACCAUCGCGUCAGCCGUCGCGUUCCCUUCCGCAUGGCCGCGACGUAUCGUGCCACAAGAUGCGCCCUCUACUCCACCUAGCGGCACUCAGAUGGUUUCCAUACUCUUUGGAUCAUCGCUCUCCUGGCCCUGGCUGGUCCAGACGCCAGAUGCAUCUGCCCAGAUCUUUGCUUUCAUGCCCAAUUUGCUAUCCUCGGCGCUCAAUCUGUCGACUGGCCUCAUCUCUACAGUUGCGCUACAAGCUUAUCAGCCGCAGACAUUCAACGAGACGAACAACAACAUGCUGUCAUUAUGGCUUGGCUAUGUUCCCGCUACGAGUGUGUCAUACCUCGCUGCACAAAUCAAGACGCCAAGCAGCCCGUUGUAUACCAACUCGAGCGGCAUUCAGCACGAGCUCGCCAUGGCUAUCAAUCCAACACUGCCCAUCACAGCGUUCUCAUCGACGUCAGACUCGAGCACGCCCUCUGACGAGUCAACAGGCGGAGCAUCAUCAUCGUCGAGCUCUUCUGCGACAACGAGCACAUCUACUGUUGGCGCAGUUGUUGGCUCGUUCGGCGCAGUUGUGCUACUUGUAGGUGCAGCGCUCACGCUCAAGACGCGCCGUCGACGAAUGGCAGAGCAAGUGUCAUCGACCUCUCAGUCAUACGGUGCUACAAUGUCCCAACCCGCCACAGUCGGAGGACUCCGUCAGCUUGUCCUUGGCAGCGACGGUCGACGGAUCUCGACAGCAGGCGCACCCGUAACCUCGUUCGCGCAUUCUCGGACAACGUCAGCAGAGACACGCAAUUCUUGGUGGCGGUACAGCGAUCCGUCUGAUCAAUCGCAUAGCGAGACGAGCUCGUCAUCGUCACACAAUCAACCCAGGCGGAUUGGCAGUAGUCGGAUCGCUGCAGGAGAAAGGCCCGCGAUUUCGAAGCCGUACAUGAACAUGAACAGUCUCAUGCUAUGAGCGGUCUUGUAGCUUGAAUCACUGUAAGAAUA